UUCAAAUUUUCCAGAUUUUGUUCUUGCGUUUGGUACUCCGAUGUUAUUUAAAUGGGGUCAAGGUGAUCAGACCCUCUUUCGAAGCUUCUUCAUAUUAACUGCACUGGUAACUUGGAUGUUUUGGGUGCUAUGCUAUUUCUCACAAAUGAAUCCAUUAAUUGGACCAAAACUUGAAAAAAAAGCUAUUUUAAUAAUUGCGAAGAAUUGGGGUCAUGAAGUAAGAACCUGAGAUAUUUCCCAUAAGAUGAUGUGAUCUUAACGUCGGCACACUGUAUAUUGCCACAGUUGAAUUUAGUUGUGUAAGACUUCUUCUUCUGGAAGUGAAUCGAUUUUUUUUGCUCUUCAUUGUUUCUGAAAUCUUUUUAUUUAAAUAAUAAUUAACAUUUAUU